AUGGGGUUUUCUGAGUUACUCACCACCAUUGGCGGCAUGGGAUACUGCCAGAUCAUGCAGAAUUUACUGACAUUUCUUUGUGGGAUACUCUUGGCCUCUCACAAUUACCUGCAGAACUUUGCUGGAGGGGUGCCAGAGCACCAUUGCCGACUCCAGAACCAGACAGGUACUGAUGCUCCCUAUCUAGGAGGUGACAGUUAUGGUGACCUGUUGAAAGUGUCCAUUCCAAUAGACAAGAGAGGGAAGCCAGAAACGUGCCUCAGGUUCACUGAACCUCAGUGGCAGCUUCUGAAUCCAAAUGACACAGAAGAGGUGACAGCAGACACGGAGGACUGCCUGGAUGGAUGGGUCUAUGACAAGAGUGUCUUCCUUACCUCCAUUGUAACCGAGUGGGACCUGGUGUGUGGACAGAAGCCACUGAAAUCAAUUGUUCAGACAAUAUACAUGGGAGGACAGCAGGCAGGAAGUAUUGUUUUCGGGAUACUCUCUGACAGGUAUGGUCGAAGGACGACCCUGCUGUGGUCCUCUCUGAUGGCCACCGUUGUUGGUUGCUGUGCAUCCUUUAUGCCCACUUAUGCUGGUUAUGUCAUAUUUCUUUUCCUCAAUGGAGCAGCUCUCACAGGCAUCACCAUCACUUGCCUUUGCCUAACCAUAGAGUGGACACUUCCCAAGUCACUGAUGAUCGUGCAUACUGGUCAUUCUUAUGCCUUCUCUGCUGGACAGAUCCUCCUGCCUGGAUGGGCUUACUUGGUCCGAGAAUGGCGCUGGCUGCAGUUUUCCACUUCAGUCUCAUUUGGGAUCAUUUUUCUUUAUACUUUGGUUCUCCCAGAGUCCGCUUGCUGGCUCAUCACUCACAACAAACUCCACGUGGCUGUGAAGACUCUCCAGAAGGUGGCGCGGAUAAAUGGCCAGAAGGAAGAGGGGAGGAAGCUCACUCGAGAAGUGGUGAUGUCUUAUAUUGAAGAGGACCUUGCAGCUGUGAAGGCUUCCCCUUUUCUCACAGACCUUGUCCGGACACCAGGAAUACGUAGGACCACGUUCUGUCUCAUGCUUGAGUGGUUUGCUUGUGGCUUCUCCUUUUAUGGACUGGGUUUAGACUUGCAGAAAUUUGGGUUCAGCAUUUACUGGGUCCAGUUGAUAUUUGCACUUAUAGAUUUGCCAGGAAAGCUGCUGUCGGCCAUCAGUAUGUCUUACCUGGGACGUCGGGUUACUUUAAUUUUUUUUACGCUUCUUCCUGGAUUUUUGAUCAUCAUUAGCAUCUUUGUACCUCAAGACAUGCCUGCCUUUUGGAUGACACUUAGUGUGCUUGGAAAAGGGAUCCUGGGAGGGGCCAUUUCCUGCCUCUACCUUUAUACAGAAGAACUCUACCCAACUGAAAUCAGACAGAUGGGCCUGAGUGCUGGUCUAUUUAGUAUGCGCUUUGGUGCAUUUCUGUCUCCCCUUGUCUUCAUUGUUGGCAGCUACGUCCCUAUUGUGCAGCCCUUGUUGUUUGGGAUGGUACCUAUCAUUUCUGCAGCUUCUGCCUACUUCUUGACUGAGACUUGUGGUCUUCCCCUUCUGGACACCAUCCAGGAGACAGAGAACAGGAUGAAGAGGCCUUGUUCUUUGAAAAGAAAUGCCAGAAAAGAAGAACAGCAAAGGCCAGCUUUGCUCUCUCCUGAAAUGAUACAAUCUGAAAGCACAGUAUAA